CCGCCUCCUGCAACACAGGACCAAAGUGGGUCACGGCUCGGACGCCGAUCUGAAAGGAGAGAGACGCUGCAGCAGAGCGCGGGCGGGAGCUGUGUCAGCGCCGAGCCACGGCUGCACGCACAGGGUUCACGGCCAUUUGCUCUGCCGACGCAAAAAUUAGGAUUUUAGCCUUUCUGGCCAUCCAGUCUUCCCAGCCAGCAACUGCCGUGGCGGAGGAGCAUCAUGUCGGCUCGGGAGCGGCCGCAGCCCCCCGCGCCCCCCGCCGCCGAGGCUGCGGGGCCGGACCCCGCGAACCGGUACGACGCGGUGGUUCCCCACUGGUUUUACUGCAAGGUCACGGACGGGAGGGAGCGGUGGGUCCCGUUCAGCGCGCAGGACUCGGAGAGGCUGGAGGAGGCUCACGGCUCAGGGAAAGACAAAGAAGAUCUGGUUAUCCAAACGUCGGGGGGUCGGUACGACGUGCACCUGAAGAGGAGGCAGCGGGUCGCAGUGUACUGGGAGGAGGAGGUAUCCGAAGUGCGUCGCUGCACCUGGUUUUACAAGGGAGACAAGGACAACAAGUACAUUCCCUACUCGGAGACCUUCAGCGAAGAGCUGGAGGAAGCUUACAUGAUUGCUGUGACCCUGGAUGAGUGGAAGAAGAAACUGGAGUCCCCCAGCAGAGAAAUCAUUAUCUUGCACAACCCAAAGCUGAUGGUGCACUACCACCCGGCUGCCACCUCUGAUGACUGGGGCUCAACUCCUAUGGAACAAGGUCGACCUCGGACUGUGAAGAGAGGAGUAGAAAACAUCGCUGCCGAGAUCCCCAACGGAGAGCCGCUGCAAAUCGAUCACCUGGUUUUCAUGGUGCACGGGAUCGGCCCAGCGUGCGACAUUCGGUUCAGGAACAUCGUCCAGUGCGUGAAUGUCUUCAGGAACGUUUCCCUGAGCAUGCUGCAAGCCCACUUCAAGAAAGCCCAGGAGCAGCAGCAGAUCGGCCGGGUGGAGUUCCUACCCGUGAACUGGCACAGCCCCCUCCACUCCACCGGCGUGGACGUUGACCUGGAGCGAAUCACUUUGCCCAGCAUCAACCGCUUGCGUCACUUCAUCAACGACACCAUCCUGGACGUCUUCUUCUACAACAGCUCCACCUAUUGCCAGACCAUCGUGGACACGGUGGCGUCUGAAAUGAACCGCCUGUACCAGCUCUUCCUGCAGAGGAACCCGCUCUUCAAAGGGGGGGUCUCCCUCGCAGGGCACAGCUUGGGGUCGCUCAUUUUGUUUGACCUCCUGACGAACCAGAAGGCAGCGCCCGAGGGGGACGAGCGCAGCGAAGAGGGGUCCAAGACAACCUCGAGCAACAGGGAUACUGAGGAAGUAAAAGAAAUGCUGAAUAAGCUGGAGCUGUCUGAGUAUGGUGAUGUUUUUGAGAAGGAGAAAAUGGACAGGCUAGCACUGUUCUUGUGCACAGAGAAAAACCUUAAUGAAAUGGGAAUUCCUUUAGGACCAAGAAUGAAGAUACACCAUUACAUCAGCUCCAAGAGGGAGAUGCAGGACCAGAGCGCAGCAGCCCGCGGGCACGGCGGGGAACACGGGGCCGAGCCUGGGUCCCCGUCGCAGCGCGGCCCGGGCAGCGCAGACGAGGGCAGGAAUUGCCAAUACCGGGACAUUGGCCUAGGACAGGUCUCGGCAAACUAUCCUCAGCUGAACUACAAGCCCACCAUCUUCUUUGCCUUUGGGUCUCCCAUCGGGAUGUUUCUCACAGUGCGAGGAGUGAAGCGGAUCAACCCAGACUACCGCCUGCCCACCUGCAAAGGCUUCUUCAACAUCUUCCACCCCUUUGACCCGGUGGCGUACAGGAUUGAGCCCAUGAUCGUCCCAGAUCUGGAGUUUGAGCCCAUGCUGCUGCCUCAUCACAAGGGCAGGAAGAGAAUGCACCUAGAACUCAAAGAAGGGCUGACUCGCAUGAGCGUGGACCUGAAAAACAACUUGCUGGGGUCCCUGCGGGUUGCCUGGCAGUCCUUCACGCGCGCCCCGCUGCCAGCCGUGGAGGCGGCCAGCACCGACGCCGACACGGAGGCAGAGCCCGGCACGGAGAAGCAGCCAGACACUACGCCCGAGGAGAGCCCCGCAGCAGUGAAGGAAGAGGCCUCCCUCAUUAAUGUGGGGAGGCUGAACGGAGGGAAUCGCAUAGACUACGUGCUGCAGGAGAAGCCAAUAGAGAGCUUUAAUGAGUAUUUAUUUGCGCUACAAGGGCAUCUCUGCUACUGGGAGUCGGAAGACACCGUUCUGCUGGUUCUGAAGGAGAUCUACCAGACACAAGGCAUUAUGCUGGAUCAACCUUUGCCUGGAAGCCAGUGACCAACCUGUGCUGCUCUGGCCGCCUGAUAUCCAAUUCAACUAAGUACUCACCAGGAAAGUCCAGAUUUCUUCUCUGCCUUCCUCUCUCCUCUGCUGCUGUGUCCCGCAUGCUGCUUCCCAAGUACUUGCUGCAACCUGGAGAUAAGGAUGAUUUUCCUCCAUUUUGGGUAGGGGUGGGGGGAAAAAAAUAUCAAGGGGAAACACUUCUGCUCAAACACACACAGAACUUGCACUGUGACUCCCUGUGGCAACGUGUACUUUUAACCCUCCAUCUUGUAAGCUACCACACCAGCUCCUCUAGCACCAAAGCAGACAGCGAGAGCCUGACUCUGCUCCUGGCUUAGCGAGGAAACGCGCAGCUUGUGACCUUGAGGAAUAAAAGCCUUAAACGCGC